AUGGAUCUCGCGUAUGAUCAUAUCCAGGAGGAGGCCUACAUCAAGAACACCGACGAGCCAGGAGAGAGCUCCAAACAGGAAGAUGCGCAAACUUCCCUGAACAGCGAUAUCCAAGAAGCUUACAAGGCAUUCUCCGCAAGCCCGUGGGGCGCCAAGAUUGGAGGCUUCUUUGGGAAUGUAAUCAAGCAGGGCGAAUCCGUCUACACUCAAGCUUCAAAGGAGUUUGCAGAGGUUGGUGAGGAUGCGCAGAAGGGACUUACCAGUCUGCGAGAAACCAUUGCAAACAGAACCCGAUCGCUUUCUCUCACCACCAUCAUCCCCGACUUGUCCAACGCCGAAGCCGACGAUAGCCAGAGGACUCCAACGAAUACAACGGCCCCGGCAGCUGGAGAUGGCGCUUCUGCCCAAGAGUCUGAAACUGUGCUGUCGCGCCUAAGGGCUGAGGCUGCGAAGCGCUUAAAGGACUUGCAGCAAGCUGAGGAUGCCGCCGACGAAGCUCUGCUUAGAUUUGGAAGCAAUAUUCGUGACUUUUUACGGGAUGCGAUUAGCGUCGCGCCUCCAGAUGAAUCAACCGAAGGCAGCCAGGUCAUGUUUGAGAGCAAAGAUGCUCAAGGAAAGCGUGUGAUUCAUACUUCAAGAUUCGAGGCCCAGCUACAUGUCAUCCACACGUCCCCGGAGAGCUUCGCUAAAGACCCGUCUGCCACGGAAUACGACCAAUGGACCAGCGGUUUUGAUAUCGACAAGCAAACGGAUGAAAUCAGCGGCGACUUGGCCAAAUACCCCGAACUGCGAGCGACUAUGGAGAAGCUAGUGCCGGACCAGAUUCCCUACGCCGACUUUUGGAAGAGAUACUACUUCUUGCGCCAUGGUAUCGAGACUGCUGAAUCACGAAGACGUGAUCUUCUUAAAGCCGCGUCUGCUGAAGAUGAGGUUGGUUGGGAUGACGACUCCGAGGAGGAAGAGGAAGAAGAUGACUCCGAGGAAGACGAAAAGCCCACAAAGCCUACUCCAGCCGAUAAGACCACCGCUGCCGAUGCCAAGGGAAAGAAGCCCGAGUCUAUUGCUUCAUCGACCACGAUCCAGGCCAAAGACAUAAAGCCCGCUGAGUCUAGAAAAUCCAAUGAUGAAAAAUCCGAGGCGGAAACCGAUGCUAGCUAUGAUGUUGUAGGAGCAGCUUCAGGAAAGACGAGCCAGCUGCCUAGUCAGACGCCAAACAGCCCGAAGGAGCCCAAGAAGAAGGGGGAGAAGAAUGAUAGUGACGAGGACAGCGACGAUGAUAGCGAAGGCGAUAAUGACGACAGCGACGAGGAUUGGGAGUAA